AUGGCCACGGGGCAAGCAGGGGACUGUCCUGACCCCCAGGAGCCCUCUGCAGGGGUGGUGGCUCCUGGGGGUGUUGCCAAGGGGCCAGCCUUGACCAGGAAGAGGAGCAAAAAGGAGAGGGGACACCGGGAGUCCCAGAAGGGCAAGGGUGGAGCUGGUGAGCAGACCCUUGUUCAGGGACAUGAGGGCCUGGGUAGUAGCAAGACAUCCCCUAGAACCAGGGAGGAUCAGGAAGGGUUACACUCUGCAGCCCCCUGGCUGCCUGCUCCUCACCACCAGUCCCACCGGCAUCGUCCUGACCCCCAGCAUGAAGCUGCUCAGAGGACUUACGGACCCCUGCUCAAUCGGGUAUUCGGGAAGGACCGUGAGCUGGGCCCUGAGGAGCUGGAUGAACUGCAGGUUGCCUUCCAGGAGUUCGACAGGGACAGAGACGGCUACGUGGGUUACCGUGACCUAGGUGCUUGCAUGAGGACACUGGGUUACAUGCCCACGGAGAUGGAGCUCAUCGAGGUCUCCCAGCACGUCAAGAUGCGCAUGGGUGGCCGCGUGGACUUCGAGGAGUUCGUGGAUUUGAUGGGCCCGAAGCUGCUGGACGAGACUGCGCACAUGUUGGGGUUGCCGGAACUUCGCAUUGCCUUCCGAGAGUUCGACAGGGACAGGGACGACCGGAUCACAGUGGCGGAGCUGAAGCAGGCAGUGCCCGCUCUACUCGGGGAGCCGUUGGCAGCUGCUGAGCUGGACGAGAUGCUCCGCGAGGUGGACCUGAAUGGAGAUGGCACCAUAGACUUCGACGAAUUUGUGAUGAUGCUCUCCGCCCAAUGA